GCUGACGUGCACAUGUGUAGGUUUGAAUGUGUGCGAGCGCAGGCGAAGACGAGUGGGAGCCACAGAGCGAGCAGCGCAGAGCCAGAGAAGGAGUGAGAGAGAGAGACGGAGAUUUCCUCGGCUUCACCCCCCGCGACCUCCAGGAUGUUUAAGAAGAGCAGCAAGGACGGCGCGGCCAAGGGCUCGGCCAAAGCCAGCAAGACACAGCCGAACAGCGACUUGGCCUUGCUGAUUGCUCAGAUGCAAAAGAAUGCCGACGAGGUGGAGAAGGAGAUCCUGCAGGCAGAAGAGCUGCUGGCUGUGGAUAAUGCAAAUGAGAGGCAGGAACUGCCCUUCGAAAAUAAAACGGAGGUCAAAGUGAGGCUUGGCAAAGCUGAGGAUCUGCUGAAGGACCUCUUCCUGGACGUGGACAGGGCCAAGAAGUUCAAACACCCACAAGCUACAGAGAUAGAGAGCGACGUAAUUCAUCUGCAUGAGCGCUGGCUGAAAGACACGGCCUUCUACCGAGAAAUCUACGAGCAGAUUGAAGAUGUGUCCCUGAUGCCUAGGAUCGACUGGGAGCCUGUGUUCAACAAGAAGAAUAAACAGCUGGAUGUGGAGGAGUUCGGCCCCACCAUGGAAGACCUGAAGAAGCAGAUCGCCGCUCACAACAUCCUGCACCAAGAGAUCGAGGCCUACAGCUCACAGCUCACCGUCAGCUCUGCUGGAAACAAGGAGAAAUAUACAGAGUUAAAGAAACAAUACAACAAUAUACUGGACAACUCCAAGUGGCGUCGGCACUACCUGAACAGCCUGUACGCUUAUAUGCAGGGCUGCAAGAAGGAGCUGGCCUUCCUCGGGGAAGAGCAGCAAAAGAUCAAGACCCAAGACUGGAGCGACCGCAUGCUGGACCCGCCCGAUGUCCGCAGGCAAUAUGAGAACUUCAAGAACAACAGUCUGCUGUCCCACGAGACUGAGGUGAACAAUAUCCAAGAUGAUGGUGACAGGCUUGUUGAGCUGAAGCACCCGGCCAGUGCCACAAUACUGGCUCAGAAAGAAGCUGUACGGAACGAGUGGCAGAAGUUCCUCAAUCUUUGCAUCUGUCAAGAGACACAUCUGGAUAAUGUGGAGGAAUACAAAAAGUACCAACUGGACACUGAGCAACUCUCAGAAAACCUGAACAAACUGAACAACAGCCUGAAUCCUGCAAAUGUCAGCAAAAAGAGCAACUCAGAGAUGCUGAUGCAGCUCGAGCUGGAGGAGAAGAACGUGCUGAACUGUGAACAGCUGCUGGCCGACCUGAGGAGACGCAGCACGACCAUCGCCCCGCUGAAGCUACGCCGCACCAACCCCAACAGAGCCACCACGGUGGAGUCCCUGUGUGACUGGGAGACGGACCAGGCUUCUUUAUCAAGAGAGGAGAAAGUAACUCUGAUGUCAAUCUUGGACAAUGAAAACUGGAGCGUUGUCUCCAGUGAUGGGUUAACAAAAACCUUCCCAGGAGUCUGUUUCUACAUCCCACCACCAGACCCAGACGCCAUUGAUAAAGUGGACUUUUUGGGCAAUGAACUGGAUGACAUCAAAAAGAGAAGAGCCGCACUGGCAUCAUCCCUGAAGAAUAACAAAUUAGACAUGGCCAAAGUCCAGAGAGCAGCUCCGGUGUCUUCGGCCCCACCAGACCCCAAAGUGGCAGCUGUGUCUCAGCAGCUAGACGCUCUGGACAAAGGCCUGGCCAGUGCUGAGGAGAACAUGCUAAACAACCUGCGAACCCCACUGAACCGCACCAACCCGGCUGACGAUCUGGCCAACAGGCUGAAAGAACAGGAGAAAGCUGCCAAAGAACUGAAGGCUCUGGAGCAGCAGAAGGCCGCAGCACAGGCCAAUAUGCAGCCUUUGCUCUCCAAAGAUCCCUACUCUGACCUGCCACUCAAACUGAAUGCCGCCAACAACAAGCACAACAACAUGGCUGCACUUGCUGACCUUUACACCAAGAAAGCAAACGCAUCUCUCCAGCUGGAGCGUCAGAUUGGGAAGGUGGACGGCCUAGUUUCUGGGUUUGAGAGGAAGCUGAGUGAGGACAGUCCAAUCCCUGAUGCGCCAAAUGCAAUAGACUCACGUGUCAAGGACAUUAAGAAACAGCGCGAGUCUGUGGCCGCGGCUCAGAGCGACAUGAAGAAGCUGAGCCAGGACCUGCAGACCACGGAGCAGCUGUGCAGCUCUCUGCAGCAGCGAUACCAGGAGUACUGCCCUGACAUCCAGCGCCAGAAAACAGAGGUCAAGCAGCUGCAGAGCCGCUACACCAACGUAGAAAACCAGCUCAACGAGAGACAAAACAUCCUACAAGAAACUGCAAACAAAAAUCAAGAGUUCCAGAGCACAUGCACGUCCCUGAACUCCUUCCUGGACAAUCUGCCAUCAAACCAGAUAAAGCCUGGCGAUGACCUGUCACAGAUUGCAGCUAAACAGAGCUCCCAAGCGAUGGUAAUGGACAACCUGAAGAGCAAAGGAAAUGAUAUAGACUUGGUGUCUGAUCUGUCUCUAGAACUGCAGGAUCUACUCAAUGAGUAUGACACAAAUGUCGAUAAAUACAACAGUUCACUUCCAAACGCCACUAUUGCAAACAAACCCCAAACGUCACUUUCGGAUGCUAUUAAAAAGCAGGAAAAGAAUGUGGUACAUCGUUAUGCUCAAGCAACAGCUGAAAACAACCAACGCCAAAAGCAGAUGGCGUUGGCCAAGAAUCUCAAUGUACAAAAUGAAGAGAAAGUUCAAAUGGUGGCACAGAAACAAGUGCACGCUGAAAACCAACAAAGGAGUGCAUUGGAGUUAGACAGUCUCUCAAAGGAUCUGCAGGAAGAGAAGGCUAGGACAGCACAUGCUGAGACAGACCUGAGAACCUUUAAAGAAAGGUUGUUGUCGCUCAAGAGUCGCAGAGGUGUUGAGCGUGUUGAGGAGAAAGAAGUACUGCACUACUACCGUGACCCAAAGCUGGAGAGUGAUUUGACCAUUUUACAGAAAAAAUUGCAUGAAGAGACCUUAAAGCGCACCACCGUCCAGACUGAUAUUGAGGUAUUUAACAAGAAAAUCACAACCCUAGAGAACACAAUCCAAAAUGCUAAACCCAAACUUGUGACCAAAGAGGUAACAGAGUAUGAAAAGGAUCCCCAGCUGGACAUAGAGGCCGAAAAACUAAGAGAUGAAAUAGCAAGGCUAAGAAAUGAAGUUCGAGUGACAGAUGGGGAGCAUGUUCAGAUGAGGACCGAAGUCUCCAUUCUCCAGCAGAAAAGGCCUACAAUCAAAGAGAAGAUAGUUAAGAAGGAGGUGGUGAAAAUUGAAAAAGAUCCAGAGAUGCUGAGAUUGGUGCAAAAACUGGAGAUGGACAUCGGUGACGAGACCAACAACAGCAAGCUGCUCAACGACAACAUCUUCCAGACGAGGAGUCAGAUCAAUGCACUGGAGAGACUGAUUCCUAACAUCCAGCCGAAAAUCAUCACCAAGGAAGUUAAAAAGGUCGAACAGGACCCAGAGCUCAUCACAGAAUCUGUGAAUAUUCAAAAAAGUCUGGAGGAGGAGAAGAUUGACAAUGACACCAUAUCUAAAGAGUUGAUGGAGCUCCACAGCCGCUAUCGAGAAGUUCAGGACUGGAGACCCAAAAUCGAAGUGAAGGAAAUCGUUCAUGAGAACUACCGGAUAGACCCUAGUACGGAAGUGGAGAUAGUGCGACUCAAGAAGGACAUACAAGACACCAACAAGCGCCGUUCUGAUCUGGAAAGAGAACUCAUCCAGAUCACAUCAGAACUGAAUAUCCUUCGUUCUCAGGCACCAAAGGUGGAGCUGAAGGAAGUUCUUCAAGAGGUGAUUAAGGAAGAGAGAAGUCCAGAAAACGAGAGAGAGAUUCAGAGGCUAAAUGACCAGCUUAAUGUUUUACACAACCAAUACAUCACCCUUGAGGACAAGGUGAGGCUACUUAGGAAAGAGAGAGAUGAGUGGAAGGCUGAAAAGUCCAAGGUAGAGACCAGACUUGUUAACAAAGAAGUCAUCAAGUAUGAGCCUGAUCCACUGCUGGAGAAAGAAGCUGAGCGUAUGAGGAAAACUGUGCGGGAGGAGGCACAGCUGCGGCGCUCCAUUGAAGAAAUGGUGUUUGACCUCCAACACAAGUACAUCCUUCUGGACAGAGAAAAGCCUGAGGAAAAAGUGGUUGUGCAGGAGGUGGUGCGUUUGCAGAAGGACCAAAAGCAGAUAUAUGAGCAUGAGCGUCUGGGCAGGGCCUUGGAUGAAGAAGUAAUGGCUCGGCGUCAAGUAGAACUAGAACUUCAGCAGCUGAGAACAAGGUUGGAGGACAAAGAGAGGACCAUCAGAGAGAGCGACGAGCGCCAAAAGAGGAUUCAAGCAGAGGCUGAAGUCAGAGAUCUCAGACUACGCAUCACACAGCUGGAGAAUGCUCCACCACCUGUUCAGGAAAGCAUUGUGGUUGAAGAGGUAUUGAAGGUUGAAAGAGACCCAAAACUGGAGAGGAUGACAAAUGACAUUCGGUCUGAUAUGGACAAGGAAACCAGUGACAUCCUGCGCAUUCAGAGAGAGAUCCGUAACAUCACUCUGAAGAUUGAGAUUCUGCAGAGGGAGAAGUCCAGUGAGAAGACGGUGUACAAAGAGAUUGUCCGUGUUGAAAAAGACCAGGCUGUUGAAGCGGAGAGGGAUCGUCUGAGGGAACAGGUGUCGCAGCAUAAAUUUGACAGGCAUGAUCUGGAGGAUGAAAUCAGACGUAUUAAUGACAAGCUAAACCUUCUGAUGGGCAACAAGUCCAGCACCUCAAAAGAGGAGACUGCACUGGUUUUGCAGAGAGAUGCCCUUCAGAGAGACAGGGACAAUCUCAAACGGGAGCUUAAGACAUUAGAGGUCUCUAGACACGACAUCAGCCUUUCUUUUCAGCAGCAGAGCCGACUGAUGAGCGAGAGGACACAGAUGAGCAGGCAGAGGAGUAUUAAAAUGGAGUCUGACGUCCAGCGUCUGGAAAACGAAAUCUUGGAUGAAAAAGACAAGAUCCACCAGCGAGACAGCGUCAUCAGACAGCUUCUGCUCAAUGUGCAAAGAGAGGAGCAAGCAGAGACAAGGACCAAGGAGACCAACGUCUCCACCAAAAUCACCAUCUUGGAUCCAGACACGGGCAAAGACAUGUCUCCUUAUGAUGCCUACAUGCAGGGACUGAUUGAGCGCCAACAGUACAUUCACCUGCAGGAGCUGGAGUGUGACUGGGAGGAGAUUACAUCCCUGGGACCAGAUGGGGAGACAUCUGUGCUGCAGGAUCGCAAAAGCGGCAAGCAGUACUCCAUCAAAACUGCCCUGAAGGACGGCAGACUGACAGAAUACGAUUUACAGCAGUACAAAAAAGGCAAGAUUCCCAUCUCUGAGUUUGCCCUGUUGGUGGCUGGUGAAAAUAAGAAGCAGCCCCAGUUCAACUCCAUCAUCCCAAAAUCCAGCGCAACAGUGCAAUCGGCCUCCCCGUCUGCUGUGAAAGAAACCUACCCUAUUGCUGGAGUAAUCGAUACAAACACUGACACCUGCUAUACAAUACGUAAUGCAACCAUACGUAAACUGAUCGACUCUGCCACCGCCCAGCGACUUUUGGAGGCUCAGGCAGCCACUGGCGGCAUCAUUGACUUCCCCAGCACCGAAAGAUGCACAGUUAACAAGGCAGCAAUCAGAAAUCUCAUUGAUGACAGUCAACAACAGAGACUGCUCAAUGCACAGAAGGCCUUUGCCGGCGUCGAGGACCCCAUGACCAGAGAGUGUUUGUCGGUUGGACUGGCAAUUCAAAAAGGCUGGUUGCCAAAAAGCAAUGGAAUUCGCUACAUGGAGGCUCAACAUCUGACCGGCGGCCUGGUGGAGCCGAAAAGUGGAAGCAGAGUAAGCAUCAUGGACGCAAUUGGAUCCAAAAUGAUUGACAGCACCAUGAUGAGGGAGCUGCAGUCUGAGUCUACGUAUGUCAAAGAUAUUACAGACCCAAUCACAAAAGAGAAGAUCAACUACAAGCAAGCUCUGGACCGCUGCCAGAAGGACCCUGCAACCGGCCUACCCAUGCUGCCUGCCUCGUCCAAAGACUCCGGCUACAACUCAACUAAAUCUGCACGAUUCUAGUAUGUUUACAACUUACUGGAACUGAAUUAUCUGAUACACAACUAAUGUACAAUAAAAUAUACAAGCAUAUGAAUUCAGACAUUAAUUACAGUGUACAUUUUGCAUCAGGAAAAGCUUUUUGAAUGAAUGAUUGCUGCUGGGUUGCCUUUGUUUAACAAACAUGGCUGAUGUGGGCAGUUUUUUUUAAUUUAAUUUAAAAAUGGAGAAGAUAAACGCAGCUGAUUAUUGAUACUCUUGUGUUAUUAGGGAUACUGGGACAUGGUGCAAUGCUCUUUACCGAUACUGAUUUGAUUCUGUAUUACUCAUGGGUUAUCCUGGUCCGCCUUUAAACUGAAUCUUGUUUGAUAAGUUUGAAGAAAAAAAUGUCAAUAAAUUAUAAUGGCUUAAGACCAUG